CCACGUGGCGCGAGUACUUCCGGGUCGCCAUGGCCGCCUGCUGAUGCGCGCGCGUGUUGCUCGAUGUGCCGGCUCUGACCUUCGCUUUAAAUAAUAAUAAUAAAUAAAUUCCCCUUAAAAGUUUAAACAUUUCAUUGAGUAUUAUUUUUUUGUUACAACGCGAUCCUGUUCUGUUCACGCGCCAUAUCGCGGUUCUUGCACCCGAGGCUCCGGGGGGUCUCGGCGAGCGCCGCUGAAGCAGCAACCGCCGAGAGGGAGUCGCCUGCAGCCCCAGCCAUGUCGCUGUAUGCCCUCGCUUCACGAGGCCUGCGGGUGAUCACCUUGGCUCUCCCAAACACCACAGCACGUGCGGGCACCCAGGGCCCGCGACUCCUCGCUCACCACCGCUCCAUCACCUCCAUAGUUGUGAGUAGCAGCUACAGCAGCAGCAGCAGCAGCGCCGCCGCCGCAUGGUGUCGGAGUCUGGCCGCGCGGAUUACGGCAAGGCGAGGGAUCCCAGAGAGCGGCUUCGCUGCGAGGGGCGUCGAUGCCAUGGCGCUGGGUCCUGCCCAGGGCUUCCACACGACCACGGAGCUCCACGUGUACAAGGCCAUCUGGAAGAAGAAGAAAACGUACACCAUCCGGCCCAUCGGCAGGAAGAAGACGGGCGGGAGGGACCACACAGGCCGGAUCCGAACGCACGGCAUCGGUGGCGGUCACCGGCAAUGCUACCGCAUGAUCGACUUCAAGCGGCUGCCGGAGGGCUUGAUGGCCGGUCGCCUGGAUGAGAACAAGAAGGUGAUGGAGGAGAAGGUGAUGGAGGUGCGCUACGACCCGCUCAGGUCUGCAGACAUUGCACUCGUGGCCGGCGGAACACACAAGCGCUGGAUCAUUGCCACCCAAAGCAUGCAGCCCGGUGACGUCAUCAAGACGUCAGGCUUCAUAGGGCGGAUGGCAGUGCUGGCGCACGAGGGGGACGCUUACCCCGUGGGGGCACUCCCGGUGGGGACCCUCAUCAACAACCUGGAGGUGAAGCCCGGCGCCGGCGCCCAGCUCAUCCGUGCAGCCGGGACGUGCGGGUUGCUCAUCAGGAAAGUGGAAGGAACUGCCAUCAUUCAGCUGCCGUCCAAACAUCAGAUUCAGGUGGCGGAGACAUGCAUGGCGACGGUGGGCCGCGUGUCGCGCGUCGAGCACAACAAGGAGCCCAUCGGCAAAGCCGGGCGCAACCGGCGCUUUGGCCGACGGCCGCAGAGCGGCCUGUGGCAGCGCAAGGGCGGCUGGGCCGGUCGCAAGAUCCGGCCGCUGCCCCCGAUCAAGAACUACGCCGCCAAGGGAUCGCUCAUCAAGCCCGCCACGCCCGUUUAGCGUGGGACAAGGAGGAGUAUACCAGGGUUGCCAACUGUCCUGGUUUUCCCAGGAUUGUUCUGUAUUGAAGCAGCUGUCCCGGGAAAUCUGUAAGUCUUUAAUUGGGACAUUCAAGACACUGCAUUUCCGUGCAAGGUCCCUGUCGGUAUAUGCCGUGCGCCUUUGUGUAGAUAUCGUUCGGGACUGCAAACACCAAAGGUGAAAAUGGAACAAAAAGUUAUAAAGGGGGCCAGGGGCAGCGUGCCAGAGGUGGGGGGCUAGGGUUGUCGGGCAGUCAGGGCUAUGGCUCGAGUUCGGAUGGCUCAUAUCCUCCCAACAAUUGGCAGGUUUGCACCACCCUCCGCAAAAAAAAGAACCACUUUUGUUUAUUGGCUUUUCACUGGUGUCUACAGUGUGCUUGCAGGGCAUAUAUCUGUGUGUGUUACACAGCCAUUCGUGUGCAUGCAAUUUUUUUUUUAAUACAGACUAUUAAACGGACGUUUUAUUUCAAUGCUGUUGGCAGUUCGAUCUUGCAGAGCCAUGAGUAACUAUGAAUAAAACGGAAGCCUGUUUAACCUGCUGACGAAUUCCAGGUUUAUUCAA